AUGGCGUACAAGCGGUCCCGCGCCGCAUAUGAAGACGAUCUCCCCGGAUCUCCCUUCGUCUUCUACGGCACCCCGUUGCCCCCGGACGACCGUGAUGCGCGAGACGACGGGUCGUACGUGCCGUUGUGGAAGCAGGAGGUCAGGGACGAGAGAGGGCGGAAGCGUCUGCAUGGUGCCUUUACCGGUGGAUUCAGCGCUGGAUACUUCAAUACGGUAGGGUCCAAGGAAGGAUGGACGCCGUCGACGUUUGUCUCGUCUCGCAAGAACCGGGCCAAAGACAGCAAAGACCAGCAGCAGCGGCCGGAAGAUUUUAUGGACGAGGAGGAUCUACGAGAGGCAGAGGAAGCAAGACAGCUGCAGACGUCUACCAAGUUCGACGGCAUCGGGUCUACAGCUACAGAUGCUGCCAUCAGAGAAACUGGGCUGGUCGACCUGUUCAGCUCGUCAGGGGAGACGGUGGGGGUGCGGCUGCUGAAGAAGAUGGGAUGGAAGGAAGGCCAGGGGAUAGGGCCCAAAGUGAGGAGACGAGCGAAUCUGGACGACCACCACGAUGAAGACGACGGCCAGACAUACCUCUUUGCGCCGGAGAAUACCCCCCUGAUCUCGUUUGUGGAUAAACACGACCGCAAGGGCAUCGGUUUCGCCGGAGAGCAGCGUCUGGAUGAGACACUUGCUAUUAUGCCAUCUUCAAAACCAUUUAUACAUGAGAAAAAGACGCAAAAGGGUAAGCCGCGACGGCUGGGUGGGUUUGGCGUUGGAGUGCUGAAUGAUACCGGGUCGGACGACGAGGACCCGUACGAGAUAGGGCCGAAUAUAUCAUACAACAGAACCAUUGAAAGCUCCAAGAAGAGCUCCAAGGCUAAAAAGGGAGCAGACGUCUCAAGGCCGGCCAUCAGAUCGUCAAACCCGCUGCUUGACACCAAGCCCGUCUUUAUUUCGAAAAAGGCCGGUGGCACCGCUAAGGAUAAAGAUAGAUCGGGUUUCAGGAAGUGCCACGACGGACGGCUGCCGCUGGACGGCUUCAUCCUCAGCGUACAGAUCGACCUCACGCCGCGGAACAAACGAUACGAUCCCCCCAAAGUGCCCGAAGGCUGGGUGUCUGCAAAGAAGACGACGACGACUGCAUCUCCAGCCCAGCAGGUUUCGCUGGCCGAAGCUGUCAGGGCGUCUACACUCGAUCCCAAGGCAAGAGCUGCACUGUUAGGAGAGACACAGCUGCCAGGCAAGUCGGUGUUUGACUACAUGACCCCCGAGGCCCGCGAGAAGAUAGCUCUAGCCACAGGACGCACCGACUUGCCGCCUGCACUGGGCGAAAAGGCGCCUCAGGGGUUUGAGGCGUCGGAAAGCCAGAAACGAAAGGACAUAUGGAACCUCAUCCCCAGCUUAGAUAAGGAUGCAGCUGUACAGGCCCUCAGCCGGGGCGCAAACGGCUGGAUGCCUUAUGCCGAAGACGAAAGCAAACGAAACCGCUACAGAUCCUUCCUCGAGGUCCGCGCGGGCAUCGUGACUGACCGGCUACCAGACCGUCUGCCAGGCUCCUCGACAGACGAAUGGAUCACAGAGCUACGUGAAUUCGCCCGCGCCGCAGAGGUCUUCAAGCCGAUAUCCGGCCUGAUGGCGUCCCGGUUCACUUCCUCUACCUCUACAUCUACGGCAAACAACAGCAACAGCAAUCAUACGCCCUUGCUGACACGACGAGAAGCCAAACCCGAAGAUCCCACUGAAUCAGCUGCAAAGCUAGGGAUGUAUGGUCCAAUGACCCGUCUGCUUCGACCGUUUGCUCCCGCCAGACUGCUCUGCAAGCGCUUCAACGUCCGGGUCCCUACCGGUUCCAAACACGACGGCGGAGUAGCCGGCCUCUCUGACUUUGCUGCCCUCGAAGCCCAGGCCGAGCUUCCGCCGCCGCUCGUCUCGAAGGAAACCAUGUAUCAGCUGAUGAUGGAGUCAGGCCGGAACAUAAUUCCAUCUUCUGCAGCAGCUGCCGGCCCUGGCCCUGGACCUAGACCUGGCUCUGGUUCUUGCCCGGUUAUGCCGGCUGAGCAGCCACCCGCGCAGCCGGCGGUGGUCGACCCAGAACGCAACGAAGCUCUCGAAGGCGAGCGGCCAGGCGAAGCGGUGUUCAAGGCUAUCUUUGGCAGCGAUGACGAAGACGAGGACGAGUAA